UAUUUUGGAGAAAAGAUAGGACUUUAUUUUGCAUGGCUGGGCUUAUACACAGAAUUCCUCAUUCCAUCUUCAGUAGUUGGGUUUUUUGUAUUUCUUUACGGAUGUACAACCAUAGAGAAUGACAUUCCUAGUAAAGAAAUGUGUGACCAACGUAAUGCAUUCACCAUGUGCCCUCUGUGUGACAAGUUCUGCGAUUACUGGAAUCUCAGCUCUGCAUGUGCUACAGCUCGAGCUAGCCACUUAUUUGACAACCCUGCCACAGUCUUCUUCUCCAUCUUCAUGGCUCUCUGGGCUACUAUGUUCCUUGAACAGUGGAAGCGUUUACAGAUGAGACUAAGUUACUUCUGGGAUCUGACUGGACUGGAGGAAGAGGAAGAGCUUCCCAGACCAGAGUAUGAAACCAAAUUGCUACAGAAAAAGCUGAAAAAUAAAAGCACAACAGAAGAUCCAAAUGAAGAUGAAAAAGACAAGCUGACUUGGAAUGACCGUAUACCUGGAUAUGCAGCAAACUGUGGACUGAUCUUAUUCAUGAUUAUGCUGACAUUUUCAGCAGUGUUUGGUGUGAUCGUAUACCGAAUUACUACAGCAGCAGCUUUGUCAUUCAGCACAGAUGAGACAACCAGGUCAAAUGUUCGAGUGACAGUGACCGCAACUGCUGUCAUCAUUAACCUCGUUGUGAUACUUAUACUUGAUGAAAUUUACGGAGCUGUUGCCAAAUGGCUGACAGAAAUUGAGGUACCAAAAACAGAGAAAGCCUUUGAGGAGAGAUUGAUUUUGAAAGCAUUCCUAUUGAAGUUUGUGAAUUCAUAUGCACCAAUUUUUUAUGUUGCCUUUUUUAAAGGAAGAUUUGUUGGCCGUCCUGGUCAUUAUGUAUAUGUGUUUGAUGGUUAUCGAAUGGAAGAGUGUGCACCAGGAGGCUGUUUGAUGGAACUCUGUAUUCAGCUGAGCAUCAUUAUGCUUGGAAAACAACUGAUUCAAAACAAUCUGUUUGAAAUUGGAAUCCCGAAGUUAAAGAAGCUCUUCAGGAAGCUGAAGGAUGGAAGAACUGAACCAAAGGAAAUGAACACCAAUCAAUCGAAGGACCCUCAGCAAUGGGAUCUUGACUACAGCUUGGAACCUUUCACUGGACUGACUCCAGAAUACAUGGAAAUGAUUAUCCAGUUUGGCUUUGUCACACUCUUCGUUGCUUCCUUCCCUCUGGCACCACUCUUUGCUCUUCUGAACAACAUUAUAGAAGUCCGACUUGAUGCAAAAAAGUUUGUUACUGAACUAAGGAGGCCAGACACAGUAAGAGCAAAAGAUAUAGGAAUUUGGUAUAACAUUUUGAGUGGUAUUGGAAAGCUUUCAGUUAUCAUUAAUGCUUUUGUAAUUGCUGUCACAUCUGACUUCAUUCCACGCCUUAUGUAUCAAUAUGCAUACAGUCAAAAUGGAACCAUGCAUGGCUUCAUCAAUCACACACUCUCAUACUUCAAUGUCAGUCAUCUCAAGGCUGGAACACAGCCAGAAAACUCCCCAUUUGCACAGGAUGUUUUAUUCUGCAGGUUUAAAGAUUACAGAGAACCACCUUGGUCCCCAAAUCAGUAUGAAUUUUCUAAACAGUACUGGGCGGUCUUAUCUGCUCGCCUGGCUUUUGUUAUUUUAUUUCAGAACUUAGUGAUGUUCCUCAGUGUUCUGGUUGACUGGAUGAUACCUGACAUCCCCAAGGACAUCAGUGAACAGAUUAAAAAGGAGAAAAGUGUGCUUGUUGACUUUUUCUUGAAGGAAGAACAUGAAAAACUGAAACUGAUUGAAAGCUUUAUCACACGUGACAAGCAUAAACACAAAAGUGGGACCAAAGACCAAAGAAGCCGAGCUGCCAGCUUCUGUCAGUUUAACCAAAGUCAGAAAGGCAGCAUUGCCUCCUUUAGCUCACAGCACACAGAAGUGUGAAUCCAUAGGGAAGGAUAACAUAUUAUGCAUACCUCUGCAAUACCUAUUUUACUGUGUGAAGUGAUUCCAACAUGUGCAAGGGAAGGAGAAACUGUCAAGGAAGAGAUGUAACAGAAAGG